AUGCCUUCUCAAUCCAGUAUGACAAUAUCAGACUCGGGGCUUUCUUACCCGUCAAUCUUCCAACUGAACUUGGAGAUUCCCGCCUUUUUCACAUCCUAUCGCUGGUGGGAAGACGAGGCGACCACUGUGUUCUGGGCAUUCGAUAUUCAAGAAAUUAGUCGUGUCAUCCAAUUCGGGCUUUUCUACGAUGAAAACUUGCCGAGAACUUCGCUUUGCGCUCGAAACGUGGACACCAUUGAUACCUUUUUGAUCGCCCUAUCCAAGCCCCAUGAGUAUCAGCUCCUUGGAAAUCUUUCGCAUAUACAGAGGGUGGAGGAGAUACUGCGCAGGUCGAGUAUCUCUCCUUUUCAGGCGAUUCCUUGGAGUUGGCUUCCACCGCAAUCAAGCCCUACCCUAGAUGCACGGGAGAUCGCUACCGCAAUUGAGGCCGAGAGCCAUUUUCACUUUAGGCAGGUUGCCUUUGAGGAAUUCGUACGUGCUGCUCUCGGAUACAAUGCUGUCUUUGUCGAGUGGUUCCUACAGCAGCACACAUCUCUGUAUAUUAUUCUCCGGGACCAUCUGAGCGCCUAUCCGGAGGACAUUCCUGUGUACACAGAAGUGGAAAGGCAUCUCCGAUCGCAGAGUCCAUUUGCCCACCGAGCACUUGUCCACUGCCUUCAGGCUGUGCGACCUGGUGGGAACCGUGAAAUGCCCAAUCUCAGCACUGCUGGAUUCGAAUUCAUCGCAGGCCCUAUUCAGGCGUUGUUCAAGGAUCAACCAGGAAGGCUCACUGCUAUGCUCAAGACUUUAAGCGUUCUGGCAAUCCGAUUCCGCCGACAGUAUAUCCACCCUCGUACCAUGGAUUGGAAAACUCCAUUUGACACCUCUAUUCCUUUCCUCGACGAUUGUCUCGAGUCUACAUCUCCAACGGACUUGGCCCGCAGCAUGAGAGUUCUGGACGAGCACCAUUUCGCCGAGUUGACACGGCAAAGCCUGAUAACAGAAGACGCUGUCGUGAAACGAUUGCAGAUUCAAUGGCGUGCACUGAGUGCUUCUGUCUGGGAAUGCUGUGCUGCUCUUCCAGAUCUACUUCCAUAUCUGCAAGAAUGUACCAGGGUAAGCAGUCUUUACCCCAAAAGUCGCCGAAGUCCCAAAGGUCAAAGCCCUCUAACUGUAAAACCUUCUGAACAGUCUCUCUUAACAACACGUAAUUAUCAUUCUCUUACGGCUGUCAUCAAAGGCUUGCAUACCUACUCCAUUCUGACCGCACCCGCCGCCAACGAAGCCACCGCCCCAGGAAACAUGAUUACACUCGAAACUCUGAUUCCACAAGAAAUCAUCUCCCUCAUGAACCCGGCUCAGAACUUUGCCGCCUAUCGCCAACACUACCAAAGCUUCCCCGGCAUUCCUUUCCUUACGCCUCAUAUCCGCGAUCAUCAACAAAAUGGUGAAUCCGCCCUUCAGCCGGUUUUCCAGUACCUGCAGAGCACGCAAUAA